UUCAUUCAGAAAACCUCAUUCAUAAAAACUGUAACGUUCUCUCUCUCUCAUCUUUCAUAGAAAUAAGCUACCAUGACCUGGAGACUGAGGAAAAGCUACAGAUGAUUCAAAAGGAUGCCAGGGAUGUUUCAUGAGCAUGAUUCCAUUCAUAGAUGAUGGUUCGGAAGAUCUGAAGUCCGAUUGCGCUGGAUCGUAAAUCUAUGAGGAGUAUUUUUGGGGAUAUUACAGUGCUAAGGGAUCCUUUUUUCCAGAACUAACCAGGUUUUUAUUGACAGUAACUUGAGCUUUAUCUACAGAAUUAAUUAACAUUGGAUUUUGCUACCUACAUUGGUAUGAGUAAAUAAUUUUUUAAAUUGCAAAUUAAUGAUAUUUUUCCUCAAGAUUAAAAGAACAAGGCUAGGUUUUUUGGGGGGGGAGAGAAAAUCUUUUUUCAUUGUUGCUGAACCAAGAAAGGUAGAGAUUUUAAAUUAUUUUUUAAUGUCAUGGUACAAAGUAGUUAAUCAGUUUAUUUUUUAACUCCAGUCAGGGCUUUGCUGUUAAUGAUAUCAGAAUAUGGCUGUGUGUUUUCAUAGCCGAGGGCAAUUUAGAGCUUCCUUCCUUCCUUGCUUGCAAAUGUUGUGAUAGAGAACAGCUUUUCAAAUCAAACAGUUGUAGCUCUCUUUGGUUUACCUGCAUCUGGGCUUCAUUUAGAUUUAAUUCCAAAUAGGCAGAUGUCAGAACAUAAUGAAACUGCGUUUGUUAAGAGGAGGAAGCCGCUUGAGAAACCAUCAAAAAGAUCAUCGCUGAAUAGAUCUGCUCUCUUCUUCCUUUUCAAAAUCGUUCUGGUUUGUUUAAUUCCAUAUUAUUUUCUUUUAUUCAUAAGAAGGAAGCUGAUUUAGGGGGGAAAGGAGAUCUGGGGAGAGAACUUUGAAGGCUAUGAGAGAACGCAUUCCACAAAGCAUCAGUGGCCACAUACUGCAUGUAGGACUCUCAAGAGACCCAGGAAUGCUUCACAGGGCUAAAUACAGUCGUUUUAGAAAUGAGUCCGUGACACCAUUGGAGGAAAAUGUGCAGAGCGGUCUUCUACAUCUUAAAGCCUCUUCAUCGUCUCGAUCCUCGGCAGCUAAUAUACCCAUCGAAGAUGUUGCCAUAGGCACCCCAAACAGUUCCUUGACUGUGGGAACCUUGAUACCUCGCAUGGGCAACAUUAAGCUGGCCAACCCUUCCACCCUCCCAAGCUUCAAGAACUUCUGCCUACGGACUAAAGAGGUGCCGAGAAUUAAGCUCACAGAAUGCACAACUGUCCCAACAAGCCCAACCAUGCCAGAAAUCAGCUUAACCACCUGCCUACCUACUUCAUAUUCUUGGGGAGACGUGGAGAAGACACCAAAGGCAAACCUGAACUUCCAAGAGGACAGUCUCUUGCUGGGCUCUGAAGACUCUGGGAUUUUAUCUAAACCAGACAAAGAUUUUGGACAGGAGGGUGAAUCAAGUUUGGCGGCUGGGAUAUCAUACACUGUUCGAUAUAUGGGCUGCAUUGAAGUGUUGCAGUCAAUGAGGUCUCUCGAUUUUGGCACUCGGACACAAGUUACCAGGGAAGCAAUAAGUCGGCUAUGUGAAGCUGUUCCAGGCACACACGGAGCCACAAAAAAGAGAAAGCCUCCAGCUAAAUUUCUGUCUCCUGUGCUUGGUAAAAGUAAUCUUCAGUUUUCUGGCACGAAUAUAAAACUAACUAUUUCGACAACUAGUCUUACUCUACAGAAUGUUGAGACACAACAGAUUAUUGCCAAUCAUCACAUGCAGUCCAUUUCAUUUGCCUCUGGAGGUGACCCUGAUACAACAGACUAUGUUGCCUACGUCGCAAAAGAUCCUGUUAAUCAAAGAGCAUGCCAUAUAUUGGAAUGUCCGCGUGGAGUAGCCCAGGAAGUCAUAAAUACCAUUGGGAAAGCUUUUGAGCUCCGGUUCAAACAAUACUUGAAGAAUCCUUCUGCUGUGAUCACUUCCAAUGAAAGAUCCAUCCAUGCUUUGGCCUCAAAAACUUUUCUCUCUCUGCCAUCUUCUCGAACUGUUAGAGAAGUUGUGAAUCUUGGUGGGUCCACAUGGAAUAUUCAGGAUAAGGAGGAUCAUGACUACUACAAUGAAAUCCCAGGGAAAGAGACUCCUGCAGGUGGAUUAUUAGAUGCCAGACUGAAGAUACCCAGAGAAGAAAAGGCUCACUGCCUCUUGCACUAUGAACAGCAAUACUCUCUAAACGAGAGCCCCAAAUCCACGAAUAUUUAUGAAAACUGUCCAGAGGACUGCAAGUCAACAGAAUCAUUGGAUGCUGUGGAGCAGAACCCUUCCAACACAGCAGGUCUUGGGUGUAUCACAUCUUGGACACAACAGCUGCGGGACGAAGAAUGCUACCAGGAAAGUUAACUAGAAAAGCAGCAGAGAGCC